CUGCGAUGUAGGAGGAUGAUGACAGGAGAGAGGAGGCGGCGGGGGGGGGCAGCCAGUGAGCGUGCCGAGUGAAAGAGUGAGAGAGCGAGAGGGACAGGGCAGAGGGAGCGUGAGCGACUGAAAAGGUGAGAUAAGCAGAGAGAGCAGCAUCUCUUGAGCGCGUUCGGCUUGCAGCAGAUCAGGAGGCAGGAAGGCGGAGCAGAGGGGAGAGCACCAGCACCUCAAGGGGGCGUCACCACAUCUCUCUCUCUCUCUCUCUCUCUCUCUCUCUCUCUCUCUCUCAGACACACACUUACACAUCACACAUUUGUGAGGAGGCGUGAGGCUCAGCAGGAGGGACACCACAUACACGCACGCUGUUUUGCUGGCUUAGCUGUGCUUUGGAGAGCUGUCUCUUGAAGACUGGACCAGAGCUGUAUCCAUCACUUCAUCCAUCCUGGCCUUCCUUCCUGCUUUCCAUUCCUCCCAACACAGAAGCAGCUCUCCUUCACCCACCACUCGACCAUUUGGACUGAUUUGCUCUCUGUCAUUCGUCUAACCUCUGAUCUCUUUGUAACCAACUCUCUAGCUUUCACUCCAUUCAGCCAAGAAAUCAGGAGACACAAGAAAAUAACCGACCAACUGAGAUACCGACCUUGCGACCGCAAUCAUGAACUUCCUCCGGCGCCGUCUCUCUGACAGCAGCUUCAUGUCCAACCUGCCCAACGGCUACAUGACAGACCUCCAGAGGCCUGACCCACCUGCUCCUCCUCCCCCCACCGCGUCCUCCCCUUCCCAGCAGGGUGCAGACCCAACCACGGCGCCCGCCCCAGCCCAGUCCGAGAGCAAAUCUCCAGCAACGUCCCAGGCGCCAGCCAGCUCUCCCGCAGCUCAGGAGCGGCGUCUGAGUCAGCUGGCUCAGCAGCCCCAACAGGCCCAGUCAGGCUCCUCCGGCGGUUCCUCUGGCUUCUUCAGCUCCUUCAGCUCCAUCACCAACGUGGUCAAACAGACGGCUGCGUCCGCCGCCGGGUUUGUGGAGCAGUCGGCUCCCUCUCCCUCCCUUUCCAAGAAGUUCAAGAUCCUGUUGAUCAUUGAUGAGCCACAGCAUGAGUGGGCCAAAGUGUUUCGGGGAAAGAAGGUCCUUGGUGAUUACGACAUCAAAGUGGAGCAGGCUGAGUUCUCAGAGGUCAACCUCAUCUCACAUUCAAAUGGCACCUGUAACGUGGACAUGCAGGUCAUCAGGGGUGGGACCAGAGUGGUCAGGUCUUUCAGGCCUGACUUUGUCUUGGUGCGCCAGCACGCCUUCAGCAUGGCCCAGAACGAGGAUUUUAGGAACUUGAUCAUCGGUCUGCAGUAUGCCGGCGUCCCCUCAGUCAACUCUCUGGACUCCAUCUACAACCUCUGCGACAAACCUUGGGCUUUUUCCCAGCUGGUCAAUAAUCAGAAGAGGCUGGGUUCGGAUAAGUUCCCUCUCAUUGAUCAGACUUUCUACCCCAACUACAAAGACAUGAUUACAACACCAAGUUUCCCAGUAGUGGUGAAGAUCGGACACGCCCACUCUGGAAUGGGAAAGGUCAAAGUGGACAAUGUGAGUGACUUCCAGGACAUUGCAAGUGUGGUGGCCAUCACUCAGACCUACUGCACUACAGAGCCAUUUGUAGACGCCAAGUACGACAUCAGGGUCCAGAAAAUCGGCGCUGACUACAAAGCAUACAUGCGAACAUCCAUCUCUGGUAAUUGGAAGAGCAACACCGGAUCUGCCAUGUUGGAACAAGUAGCCAUGACUGACAAGUAUAAGCUGUGGGUUGAUACCUGCUCAGAGAUCUUCGGAGGGCUGGAUAUCUGUGCUGUCAAAGCCAUCUGUGGCAAGGAUGGUAAUGACUACAUUACUGAGGUUGUGGGUUCAUCUAUGCAAUUGAUUGGUGAUCACCAGGCAGAGGACCGUCAGCUCAUCUCAGAGGUGGUGCUGGCUAAGAUGAACCAAGCACUUGCUGCCAGGUCAUCUAGUGCUUCCCGCUCACCUGCUCGCUCCCCACAAGGCCAUAAGCCAACUACUGUGCAGCCCCAACAGGUUGCUGCCCUUAAGGAAGGACUGGCAGAUCCAAACAGGACCUCGGGACAGCGCCCUCAACCUCAAGGUGUACCAGUGAAAUCCCAGAGUGUAGAGCCAUCAUCAGAGUCAGCUAAGAGAGCAUCUGAACCAGUACCAAAGCCCAGCCAGGCCCAGAAACCUGGUCCAGGUCCAGCUCAGAAACCAGCCCAGGCUCAGAAGCCAAGCCCAGUCCAGAGGGCCGCUUCAGUCACAAAGCCUCCAGUACCGAGGCCUCCCCCAAUGACGAGAGCCCCAUCCGUCACAAGGUCGGCCCCAGGUUCUGCUUCCACCCCAGCCCCAGCCAAAGCUUCACCGUCAUCCCCAGCUAAAGCAGCCGCAGCAGCUCCAGGCUCCCCCCCAACCAAAGCAGCAGCAGCCACAGCUCCAGGCUCCCCUCCAGCCUUGGCUGCAGCCCCAGCUCCAGCCCCAGCCUCUCCCCCAGCCUCAGCUCCUACCACAGAGCAGCCCAAACCCCAGCCUCAGGGCUCCCCAUCCCCAGCUCCUGGCAAACCAAAAGAGCUGCCUCCCAAACCCACACCACCUGCAAAGCCCAUCCCUCCUGUACGCAGGAAUUCAAGGCCUCAGCUCCAGCCAAAGCCGCAAACCCCGCCUCCUCCCAAAGCUUCACCUAAAUCCCAGCACGCUGCCCAAGCCCCAGAACCCACUCAGGCCUCGGAUACUGCCUCAGCCCCAGCACAGGUUCAGUCCCCAGCCAAAGUCAGCCAGUCCCCACCUCAUGUCCAGUCUCCAGCUAAGGCUCUGCCCCAGGCCAAGCCGGCCUCUCCUUCCCCAAACCCUGAGCCUGUCCCAGAUGAAGCAGCCAUGGCCCCAGCUGAGGCUGCCGCGGCCCCCAAUGAGGCCCAGGCCCCUGUGGAAGAACAGCCAGCAUCCCAGCAAAAGACCCACCCUCUGCUGAAUAAGUCCCAGUCCCUGACCAAUGCCUUCAACGCCUUCAGCGACUCCUCUUUCUUCCGCGGGGUCUCAAGCUCUGGAAGUGACGGCCAAGAUGAGGCGAAGGCUGAGACCAUUCGCAACCUCCGAAAGUCCUUUGCCAGCCUUUUCUCUGACUAGACACAGCCGAAACCAUAGUCAGCCCCUUAUUGAUUCUGGCCCCCCUUUUACUAAUGGCCAGUGAUGACCUGAUUGACAUUAAAUGUAAACCAGUUUGAGAUUAAACUUUGUGUGUUAACUGUACUGUUUUCCCUCCGUCCCAUUCCCUUUUCUCUACUUCCAGCUUCUCUGUGUGAGUAACAGUGAUGCCUGCUGGGUAGGAUA